GAAUCUGCUAAGAAAUUCUUGACAGAGGAAACCCUGAUAGAUGAAUCAUUGUUCCUCAUGGAAAAAAUGAAAACUCUCUUUGUGGCUAUCUUGGCUACUUACUAUUUCUCAUAUUUCUUUGUUGAGUGUGUAUUUAAGGAAAUUAUGUGUGAUUAUUAUCAAAAGAAGUUUGUACAUGAGAAACACAUAUGCUCCAUCAGAGUCAGCCCAAUAUGUGCCUCUAAUAACGUUACAUAUCCUAAUUCCUGUGUGUACUGCUUCGCUAAAAUACAUUUGAAAUUCAGUCUUUCAGUUCAACAUCCUGGAAAAUGCUGAUUGUGACAUGAUUUCCCCUUUGUUCUGCAUGACAGAAGCCAUUUGAAUUAAGCAUCAUCAUUCCUUCAGAAAGUGGAAUUCAUUA